GCUUAGUGCAUUAAGUCAAGUGGCUGAUUAGCGUUGUAGCGAAUUAUGUCUUUCGCUAAGUAAAUUUUGCUAGUGCUUGCCUCACUUCAUUGUCAGCAUAAUUUUUCUUACGCGGCAUUUUCUUUGGUAACGGUAGAUACAUUCCGUGAUUCUAAAAAUAUGAUCCCUGAGCUGACCAGGCCCUCUGUGUACAUGCGGGACAGUAAGAGAGUGGAGGGGAUCAUCCAGGCAAUGCAGCAGUCCGGCUCCAACAGCCUACAGGUGAUCUCUGAUUUCGAUAUGACGCUCACCAGGUUUUCCUACAAUGGAAAACGCUGCCCUACCUGUCACAAUAUCCUGGACAACCGCAAGCUGAUCAGUGAAGAGUGCAAGGAAAAGCUGAAGGACCUGCUGAACACAUACUACCCCAUCGAGAUCAACUCUGGCCUUUCAGCAGAGGAGAAGCUGCCCCUCAUGGUGGAGUGGUGGACAAAGGCUCACGCACUGCUUGUCCAGCAGAAGAUCCGGAAGGAUCUGCUGUCCCUGGUGGUCAGGGAGUCUGGCGCCGUACUCAGGGAGGGGUACCAGCUGUUUUUCGACUGCCUGCAGGAGCACGACAUCCCCCUGCUCAUCUUCUCCGCCGGCAUCGGAGACGUGCUGGAGGAGGUCAUCCGGCAGGCCGGCGUCUUCCACCCCAACGUCAAGGUCUUCUCCAACUACAUGGACUUUGAUGAGAGCGGCACUCUCCAGGCCUUUAAGGGGCAGCUGAUCCACAUCUAUAACAAGCGAGAGGGGGCGCUGCUGAACGCGGGACACUUCCAGGCGCUGCGGGCGCGGCGCAACGUGCUGCUGCUGGGCGACUCGCUGGGCGACCUCACCAUGGCCGACGGCGUGUACCGCAUGCAGAACAUCCUGAAGAUCGGCUUCCUCAACGACAAGGUGGAAGAACGGAAGGAGUCCUACCUGAAGGCCUAUGACAUCGUGCUGGAGCAGGACGAGACCAUGAACGUAGCCAAUGCAAUCCUGCUGCACAUCACCGGGGGGCAGUGAACGGGGUCUGGCGCCCGUGGACACAGGGGCCAGAGGGACGGGCUUGAGCAUUUCCAAUUACACACAAAUCCCUGGAUGGUGGGGGCGAACCACAUCAGAUGUGAAGAGCGCCCUCUACGGGCACUGUGACUCAAUUACAGUCAUUAGUCAUCGGGUGGACAAAGAGAGCUGAUCUUUUUCAGAACUGUCUGCUCUGUCAUUUUUUGGUGAAAAUGUUCUAUUGGAAUCUGAUAUAGGAGCGAACCAUCAUUGCCGUAUACAGAAGAUUAGAAAAUGGAGCUGGAAACCAGCACCAGCACAGACCUUCGGAGAACGGAGUUGUACACCCCGUGAUGGUUCUUUGAAGUUGAGGGCUUUAGUUUUAUAUAUUUUUCUAGCUUCACCAUUUCUGUCUGUUUUUAACAGUCAUGUGUCCCAUUAGUUACCAUGGAAAUGCCCCCACCCCCCAAACUCAGGCACAUGUAGGGGUUACGCACUGCCAGUUAGUCUGAGAACAGCAUCACAGCACACUUCCACAGCUAACCCAUAAUUAUAUGCCGCAGACACCUUCAUAUUUUGUUGUGCAGGUACAAAUGUCUUGCUUCAUUUAAGCCAUUUUUCAAGUCUCGGUGGUGUUCACAUCUGGAGUUGUAAUGCUUUAAAUAUGGUAACCCCUAAAUGGGCAAGGAUUGGCCAGAUUUGGCAUGUGCGGCUAAGGGGUUUAAAUUAUUUAAUUUAUUUAUGAAACAUUCUCAAACCCAUAUCAUCCAUGAGAAAAAGUAAUUGCCCCCUUAACUGGUUGCACCACCUUUAGCAGUGAUAACUGCAACCAAAGGUUUCCUGUCUUUUGAUAGCAGUCUCACAUCACUGUGGAGGAAUUGUAGCCCACUUAUUUGCAGAACUGCUUUCAUUUAGACAAAUUGGUAGGUUUUUGAGCAUUAACCUCUCAUUUCAGGUCCUGCCACAGCAUCUCUAAUGGGUUCAAAUCCAGACUUUGACUAGACCUCUCCAAAACUGUAAUAUUUGUUUAUUUCCAGCCAUUCAGAUGUGGACUUGCUUUUGUGUUUUGGAUCAUUGUUUUACUGCAUAACCUGGUUACGCUUCAGCUCACAGACUGAUGACCGGUCAUUCUCCUUAAGAAUUUUAUGGUACAGAGCAGAAUUUAUGGUUCCCUCAAUAAUGCCAAUUUGUGCAGAUCCCAAGGCAGCAAAGCAUCCCCACACCAUCACACUGCCAUGUCUGACUGCUGGUGUAAUGUUCUUACCGUGAAAUACUGUAUAGAGUGGUCUGCAGUUCCACUGGGUGUUCUGGGAUCUUUUGUGACUUCUUGGGUGAAUUGUUAAUUUAGGCUGGCUGACCGCUCCUGGGGAAAUUCUCCAUUGUUUCCAGUGUUCUCCAUUUGGAGAUAAUGUCUCCUGCUGUAGUUUGGUGGAAUCCCAGAACCUUAGUAAUGGAGAAACUGCUUUUUUAUUUGGGCAUUCCUCUGAUCGUGGCAUGGUGUGCUUGUCGAAACUGUGGUAACUAAUUCACUCAGAUAGUAAGGUUCAGUUUGAGUGAGGUUUAAAUUCAACAGGGUUGGCUGCAAUCAAAACUGGCUGUGUUUUUUAAAUUAAAUUUAUUUAAUUGAAUUACCAAUUAAAUUAGGUUAAUUGGUUGAGUAACUAAGGGUGCAUUUACUUUUUAAAAUGGGUGAUAUGGGUGUUUGAUAACUUUUUUCAUUAAAUAAUGAAAAAGUAAUUUCAAAAAUGUCUUUUAAGUUUACUGUUUUCCCUAAUUAUAGUUUGUCUAAAGAUCUGAAACCAUUCAGUGCAACAAAUAUGCAGUAAAAGAUAAAUCAGGAAGGGGACACAGUUUUUCAUGGCACUGUAACACCCUUUUAUAACAUGGCAUUGUGUCCAGCCACUGAGCUGCUGCUGCUCACUGCUGUGUCAGUCUGAACCUUCCGUAGGUCUUCAGAUUGUGCUGUGGUGCUGGCUAACGUCAGGCUGCAGUCCCAUCCCUGCUUUCCCCCAUUAAAGAAACUGAAGAGAUUAAAGGGGGGCUUGUAAGUAAUUAAGGGGAGAUGUGCCAAAAUGGUACAGAUGGAAAUUGUAGAAGGGAAAUGGACAGCGCCUUUCACUGAAAGAUUUUGUUUUGUACCUGGUGAUCACUGGUAUUUUACCAGUUUUUAGUGUUCCAACGGCUAACGAACCAAGCAAGUGUUUCGUAAUUUAAAUUAAUAUCUGCGAUGGUGUCUGAAAACUUUUGUGACAAAAAUUGCAUUUUAAUUUCGGGCUACUUCAAAAGUAUUCUAUUUCAUUUCAGAAUGCUUGGAAGUAUAUUUUUAUCUUACUGUUUUUGAUGCAUAUAUGAAAGCAGAUUGCUUUUGCCCCAUUUAAAUUUCUUGUACACAAGAUGCUCAGACGCACAUGAAUUUUCAUUUUAAAUUUCUGCUCACACAGCUCAAGUAAAAGGUGACAUUGAAGAAGACCUCAGUAGCUAGCCAUGAAGCUUUCAUGCAUUUCUUGUUUAAUUGAGCUACCAUUCUCCAUUUCUUAGUACCCAGGUUGUGGUAAAGUUCAUACUGUAAAUAUGUGGCUACAUGGAAAACUAGUUUCUCAUACCUGCCACAAAUGGACAUCCUACUACUGGGACUCAGAGUACAAUGCUGUCCACCAUUAAUAAUGCCUUUUGCCCUUUAACGAGGCUCUGUGUUUUUGUGCCAAUUUUAUCUUAUGUUCCUCUCAUGUUAAUUCAUCAUUUUUAGGGAGGUAUAUAUUAAUUUGGUCAUUAAAGGGGUUAUAAUGCCACAAGGGACUAAAUUUCAGUUUACUGGGUUAUGCCAAAAAUCAUGUAUAUUUUGUUCUAAAUUUUGCCUUUUGUGUUGGUCAGUCGCCUCAUCCCCUAACGUGCGUGCAUACUGAGAGGGCGUAUUGGCAGCCUGAAGGACAAAUGUGUCCCCAAUGUGUCCCCAGUAGUCUUCAGUGGGGACUGAAAGAAAGCUUGAGUUUUUAGAAUUCCAUUGUAAACAAAAUGGAAUGGGUAAUUUAUGGGAGUUCAUGUUCAUUUUUAGGCAAUAGCAUUGAGCUGAAGGAAAAUUUCCAUUUUAUUGGCAACAAUUAAAUGUUGGGCAGCUGUUUUGAGCAGCAUUUUUUUUUUUUUACAAUUGAUGUAUUGUAAUGAUACGUCUUUGUAAUAUUUUUUGUAAUAAAAUAAAAAGUAUGUGAAUUAAUUGAA